GGUCGCGAUCGAAAGGUGCGAUGAAGCUGCUCUGCUGGAGUGUUCUGCUGGGAAUGCAAUGGAUUCUGCGAAAGGUGCACGGCUUGGAGAAACAGGUGGGCAAGUCUUUGGACUACCUGGAGCCGGGAGCGUCCGGGACCGUCUUCAAGACUCUUCCAUACGGAGUUCCCGAUGGAGGAGGAACAGGUCCGACAGGUGGAGUCAAACCCCCGUACCAAACGUCCCGGAUAUUCUCCACUAUGGACCAAACGCCCAUUAAACCAAAGCCACCCAUGAUCAGCUUCCAGAACCCGUACGAAUGGGUCCGAAACCAGUCGAUGCUCCUCGAUCAAACAGGCUACCGCCCGAAACGCAAACCGUCCCUCAAAACCUCCAUGAAGACUAAGAAGAUCUUUGGCUGGGGAGACUUUUACUUCAAUGUCAAGACCCUCAAGUUCAGUCUGCUCGUCACGGGGAAGAUCGUGGACCACGUCAACGGCACGUUCACCGUCUACUUCCGCCACAACUCCUCGAGUCUGGGAAACGUGUCCGUGAGCAUCGUUCCCCCAUCGAAGAUCGUCGAGUUUGAGGUUCUUCAUCCACAGAACCCUCUUCAUCCGGAGAUCCAGUUCCACCAGCCGCAUCAGUCCACCGUCGACCCCAAAGACAUCAAAACCUUCAACUGUCGCGUUGAGUACGAAAAGACGGAUCGCUCCAAGAAGCCCAAACCUUGCCUGUACGACCCGUCCCAGACCUGUUUCACCGAGAACACCCAGUCGCACUCGUCCUGGCUCUGCGCCAAACCUUUCAAAGUCAUCUGCAUCUUCAUCUCCUUCUUCAGCAUCGAUUAUAAGCUGGUGCAAAAGGUUUGUCCGGACUACAACUUUCAGAGUGAACAUCCGUACCUCGGAUGAAGGCGUCGAGCGGAUCAUCGAUGAGAGAGAUGUUGUGAAGUGUUGUGGUUGCAUCGUCAUCAUCGUUCCUCUCGACGGAGCUGGAACAAAUGAAACACCAUCAUUGGGAACGUACUGUUGAAGUUUUCUUUGUAUAUAGAAAGGACAACCCUUAUCUGUUCGGCUCUUAAAGGAACAGUUCACCCAAAAAGGAAAAUUCUCUCAUCAUUUACUCACCCUCAUAUUGUUCCA